UUCCCGCCGAUUUUCUUAUUGUCUUACAGUGAUGUAUUUUCUACGUAUUAUAUUUCUGAAAAUAGACUUUUAAAUAGUAAAAUUUUUAUAUCUGUAUAUAAUAUUUUAAUUUUGGAAUUUGUACAUAUUUAAUAUAUGCUUUUCUUUGCUUUGUUAUUAUCUAUAUUCAUGUAAUAAGUUAUUGUUAGGUUAUAGUAAUGUGUCAUUGACAGAUUUGUCGAUCUUGUCAAUUGAUGUAAUGUUGUAAGAAAAGUUUUAUAUUUUACACGUAUUUAGAGAUCAUUGACAUGAAAAUGAUGGACAAUGAUGGACAAGACGAUUGUAUUGAGGCAAUUACUCCUAUUAAGAAAAAAAAAAUGAAACAAGCACAAUUGCCAUUUCAAAUGCAAUAUCAGUCAUCGAAUGUUGUUCAAAGUAAAAAAAGGAAAUUAACAUCACCUUCGACCGAGAAUAAUUCUCCGAAAGCAAUGAAAAUUUUUAAGAAAAGUUUGAAUACAGAUAUUGUAGGUAGUAAAUCGAAUAAUACAGAUAUUGAUACAGAAAAUGAAAAUGAUAUAGAAGAGAUAGAAGUUGAAAAUUUGAAAGAAAAUUCAACAUCUAAUAAAUUAAAAACUGAAAAUAAAUGUGAAACUCCAAGACAGAGUGGACAAAAAAUAUUAGAAAAACAAGAAAAAUUAAAGUCAAGUCCUUUAACAAAGUUCCUUCAAAAGACUGAUAAACAAAAAAAUAACUCAAAGGAAGAGUCUCAAAUUUCUUUGCAAGAAGAAAAAGAUGACUUAUUUAAAAAGACUUCUGAAAAAAAAUACAUAAGUAACAUAAGCGUAUCAGAGACAAGAAAUAAUUUAACCAAUACAAUAGAAGACUCACCAUCUAUUGUAAAUAAUUCUCCGACUCAGACUGAUUCUGAUAUUGCUAUUUUAUCGUCCGAUGAAGAUAAAGAUGAACAAACAAAAUCAAUUACUAAUACAAUAAAAGAUAUAACUAGUAUCUCAAAAAAUAUUAAGACUCCUAAAAUGGAAAAAAUAAAACAAAAAAAAUUAACACCUAAACAAGAAGAAAAGAAAUUAUUAAUUGCUAAAAGAAAAGAAGAAAGACAAAGAUCGAAAAUGGAAAAAGAAAAAAAAUUGGAGGAAGAACGAGAAAAUCGAAGAAAAGAAAAAGAAGAAAAACGUAAAGAAAAAGAGGAAAGAGAGAAAGCUGAAAAGGAGCAGAAGAUGAUGGAAAAAAAAAUGAAAGAACAAAAAAAACAAAUGGAAAUUGAACAAAAGCAGAAGGAAAAACAAGCAAAAGAGGAAGAACGUAGAAAGAGAGAAGAAGCUAAGGAAGAGGAAAAAAGAAAAAAAGAAGAAGAAAAGUUAGAAGCAGAACGUAAGAAACAAAAAGCAGCUACAACUUUUGCCAGUUUUUUCGUCGCUAAGAAACAAGAGAAAUGCAUUGAAGAUGAAAAUACAACCGAAAUAAAAAAUUUCAUGCCUUUUGAAAUUAAGGCGGAUAUGAAAAUAGCUCCAGUUUGUAGAAGAAUUUUAGAAGAACAGGAAAAAUUAUUAUUAGAUGAAAAAACAAAUAAAGGAAAUACGGAAAUAUCAAAUUUAUAUCUUAAUGAAAUUAAAGAUAAAAAAAUUGUUCCCCGCAAAUCAUUUAAAACUUGGCCACUUGAAGCAAAAGAUGAUAUAAUUUUAUUAGACGAAGAAAACGAAGGUAGUUCGAACAUCGUAAAUCAAGAUAUCGUUGUAGAGAAACAACGACCUAAAUUAUUACAAUUUUCUGAAAAUUUGCGUCCACCUUAUUGGGGUACAUGGAGGAAACGCAGCAAGAAUAUUAAUCCUCGAAGACCAUUUUCAAAAGAUAUGGAAUACUUCAAUUACGAAAUUGAUUCGGACGAGGAAUGGGAGGAAGAGGAGCCAGGUGAAUCGUUGCACGGUUCCGACGACGAGAAGGACGAAGAGAAUCCCGAGGACAACGAGUACGAUGUGGACAACGAUUUCAUGGUACCUCACGGGUAUUUAUCCGAUGAAGAGCUUCGCGCUGACGAAGAGGACAAGGAAGACAUGUCGCCUGAAACGCAAAAAGUUAGAUUGAAACUGCUCGGAGAACAAUUCGAGUCGGAAAGGAACGCGAAGACCUCGAAAUUGAAGCCGAAAAUAAUUGGCGUGAUUUGGCGAGGGGCCGAUAACAAUUUCCCGCCAAACGUACCAGCGAAGAUCGUAGACUUCUUGACAGCUCGCGAGGCUUGGGUUCGUCAAAUACCGUGUCCAGCCUUGCUGUCAACGCCAACCACGUCUGAGAACGAGACGGGUAACGAGCGCGGUUCGCCUUCGCCUACGCAGCAACAACACCAACAACAAGCGCCAUCCAGUUCGAAGAAGACACGAGUUCCGGAGGCGGCUGUGCCGGACCUGAUUCGCCUUGUGCACGGGAACGUGCAUGGCAGAGGAUUCCUUGUGAAAGAGUUCAUGACAUAUUGGAGCAAAAAGGAAGAUUCCAACGAGGGUAAUCGAAUCUCGAAGGCGAGUUUAUUGCAAAAGAUUCGCGACAUUGGAAAAUGGAUGCCGUGCCCGGACGAGGGGCCGAUGCAUUCGAAGGCUUGUUGGUACGUUGACGAGGAGAUCAGGAAGAGGUACGUUGACGAGGAGCUGCCGUUGCCGAAUCGAUGGUCGUACACUCUGAUUCCGAAGAAGAGGAGGAACGACAACUCGCAGAUGGUUGAGAAGGUGGAGAAGGAGGAUAAUAAGAAGAACGUGCCUUUGAUCACUCAAUUCACUAAAAAGAUCACCCAGGAGGAGAUGAAGAAACAGUUGAUCGUUAAGCCUAAUUGUACGCAAAGUAGAUCCACGGUCAAACCCCCGAAAAGGGCGAGGUUAAUUUCCGUUAAAAGGGGGGAGGAAUUGCCGAGGAUGUCGAGGGAGAAUUUGUUGAAAGAUCUCGUCAAUGUUGAGGAUGAUAAAGGUUCGAUCGAGAACAAUGAUAACGAUGUGAUCAUAUUGGGCAGCAAGAGUAACGAAAAUGACGAUCAAAAGGGGAAGGGAGAUAGACUUGUUGUUGCUGGUGCAACGGAGUCUGGGGAGAAGAGAAACGAAGAAGAAUCGUCGAACGACAAAAGUAUUACAUUAGCGUUGAAAUCUGAGGAUAUUGCAAUAUCCGAUAAAAAUGUGAGCGAAACUAUAGAUAUUCCUAUGAGCGAUUAAGCGAAAUGUUGUUGAUAACUUGUGAAAAAAAUUACAAACAGAUAUUUUCAAAUAUUUUACGUAGAAAGAAAAACUUUAAGAAUGUGAUAAAGACACAACUGUAGUUAUAUGGAUUAAAAAAGAAAAGAAAAGAAAAAAAAAAGAAACAAUAAAUUUGACGGAAUAAUAUUUUGUCGCAAUAUCAGUUUCAUGGAAUAAAUCAUAUUUUUGAUAUUAUUUUGUGUUGGAAUUUUCACCGAUGCGUUCAUGUUCAUGUUUUGCGUUAAAUCGAUCAUGCAUAUUCAGAAGGAUUCAGAAAGAAUAUAAA